AUGUCCGGAAUCCUCGCUCAAUGGCAAGCCUCUCGUGCAGUUCUUGUGGUCCCAAUGGGCGACGUCCAGUUUCUUUCUUUCCAAAAACUGGCGGCAAUUGCAUCUGCAUACGGUGCUAUUCUUGCUCAUAUUCCGCCGCAACCAUUGCAACCAUCGCCUGAUCCGUUUGCCGGUGAUAACAACGCCCGUUAUAUGAUGAGUCGAGUGGCUGCUCUUUACCAACAGAAUAGAGGGUACUUUCCUUCAGCGGACACUGUUGUCGUUUGUGCUUGGUUCAACGGUGCUGUGGCAUUGCCCGAUCAAAUGGAGAUAAUGUCCUCGUCUCUUCGGCAAUUGGGACUUAAUCCAAUCAUCAGAACAUAUCAUGUGCCUGGGAAUCGGAAUAUUCCUGGCCAGGGAACUGUUAUUGCCAUCAAGGGUGCCAACCAGCCUACGCCUCAAAUAUACGUCGAGGAUCGUACAAUUUAA